AUGGCGUUAUCAACGACACGACCUCAAACUUCAUGGAAAAUUCCGAAAAAAAAGUGUCCAAGAAAUAUCCCACCAAUUACCAAUACAUUGAGCGACCCCUCGCAACCAAAGUCCGCAACAGCUAGGAAAGAAAACGUUGGAGAGCUAGGCAAGAACGCCAGCAAGAAGAAGAUUGAGAUUCGAAACGUGUGGGUUGCUUGCAAUCCAUCCGGGUUUGCAUUUGUAGAAUUUGAAGAUGCCUGUGAUGCAGAGGAUUCGGCGCGUGGUGUUGAUGGAAAAACAGUCUGUGGCCGUUGUGCUCGUGUCGAACUGUCUACUGGAAGGGCGGUCAUUGUUUUCGCUGUGGUGGCGAACCACCGCAUGGCAAAUGAGGUCAUGGCAACUUCCACCCGGACGACAGACGCUACGAGUGUGGAGAGCGAGGUCAUUAUGUCCGAGAUUAUACUAAAGGAAGCAAGAGAUCUCGGAGCCGCAGUUCGCGUUCGCGCUCUCGUAAGCUCCGAAUUCGUUCCAAGAGUUACAGCCGAAGCCAUGAACAUGCCCGCGACCGCCGUACCCAAUCCAACACACUGAGGAAGACAACUCGCGAAAGUUCGAUUACUCGUGAUUAUAUUAAAUCGCCACGACGUUCCAAGACCCACUCCUGGAUCCACCCCAUUCGACAACCAGAUCAGGCUUCAGAUCGCAUCGUCGUUGACCGUUUGCAUCGAUAUGAGCCUUGCAACACAACCUUCAGUUCAUCCGUGCAAAUCACGAAUUACAAAUUAAAAUUACAUCAUUGCAAAACGGUUUAAUCUAAACAACCUGUACGCAAAUUGCUGCCCGUAUAACGAACAGAUAUAUUUCUCAAGAUGUAUGCAAUUUUGGUAAAAAUAGCUUUCUGCUCAUUCAGAAACUGCACGGGGAUGUCGUAUCCGAGCAUUUCUAGUGUUCACUGCUUUUAACGAUAGGUUGGAAUAAUGAUACAAAAACUAGAGAAUGUUUCACUUGGAACGGAAAUACAGAUUGUUACAUUCAAUAAUGCAAUA